GUAGUCUGCCUCUGAUGACAGCCGAGGGCCCGCACAUUUGAUCAGUCUUUCCGGGGUUCACCCAGCAAGUCCAGUGUGCUUAAAGAUAGUCAAGGACCAUCGUUAAUAAGUUGGUAGUAUAUCUAUGCAACGUUUGCAUUAACAGCAGCCACCAAGGAUUUCAGUUCACCUCAGCACCAACAGCUAUUCCAGUUAACGACGGCAACAACGGCUACUCAGUUAACCACAGCAACGGCUAAAGGCUAAAGAGUUAGCCACGACCGCAGACAGGUAUGUCUGAAGUUAGUCUUGAGGCUGAAUCGGGGAGGACCUCACCUGGGGACCCUCAGCUGGAUUGUGAGGGGGCAGACAAAACAGAAGAGAGUGUUAGUGAGGAUGGGAAACAGGACAGUGUAGACGACAGUAGUGAAAGACAUGACCUAGAGGAUGAGAUGGACGAGAUUGAUAUUGACAGCGCUGAAGAAAAUGCAGAUAACGGUCACAAUGCCAUUCAGAAGCAGGAUGAGGGCAUUCAGAGAAAGGGUGUGGUGACAUGCAGUGAAAGUGAUGCAGCACACAUGUCUGACAGUGUAGAAAAUGAGGGACCUGAGACAAAACAUCGAGUUGAAACUGCUGAAACACCAGAGGAAAGUGGAGAUUCUCACACUGAAACAAAGGACAGCACAAUGACUGAGGAGUUCCAUAGAAGCACAGCGGCUGAGAUCCCGGUCACCAGCAACGGGGAUCAGAGCCCUGACAUGGUGUUCCAGAGGGACUCUUAUCCCAGUGUCCCCGGGGCACUAAACCUCUCCGAGUCCUGUGUCACUUCCGGCAACUUCGCCACAACAACAGAGGGCAUCAUCGAAUCAGGACCAUACAAAGGGUCAGCAAGCCUGCCCACGUCUCCCGUGGCACCUGUAGCUCCCAGCUCUACUGUUGCUAGCCGCCUGGCGCGCUCUUCCAGCGAUAGUCAGGCUGAGAAAGGCACGAUGAAUGAACAGCCAAAGAGUGGAGCGGUGGUCCUAUCAGAUGACCUGAAGAGCCCAGCCAUGGAAAAACUGGACCUAGUGAGAAAAUGGAGCAUCAACACUUAUAAAUGUACCAAACAGAUCCUGUCCGAGAAACUUGGACGGGGCUCGAGGACAGUGGACCUGGAGCUGGAGGCUCAAAUUGAAAUCCUGCGUGACAACAAGAAGAAGUACCAGAAUGUGAUCAAACUGGCUCAGACGCUGGCCAAUCAGCUGUCCCAGAUAAUGCAGACACAGAGGCAGCUGGGCAACGCCUUCGCCGACCUCAGCCUCAAGUCACCAGAACUGCAUGAGGAGUUUGGUUACAACGCUGAGACCCAAAAGCUUUUGUCCAAAAAUGGGGAGACACUGCUAGCAGCAAUUAACUUUUUCAUUGGCAGUGUAAAUACACUCGUGGACCAAACAAUUGAAGACACCUUGAUUAAUAUCAAACAGUAUGAAUUUGCAAGGGUUGAGUAUGACGCGUAUCGUACAGAAUUGGAGGAGUUGAAUCUGGGACCUCGUGAUGCCACCACCAUGCCCAGGAUCGAGCUCUCCCAGCAGCAGUUCCAGAUCUACCGUGAGAAAUUCGAGAGGAUGCGAAACGACGUCUCUGUCAAGCUGAAGUUCCUGGAAGAGAACAAGGUGAAGGUAUUGCACAACCAGCUCAUCCUGUUCCACAAUGCCAUUGCUGCAUACUACGCCGGAAACCAACAGCAGCUGGAACAGACACUCAAGCAGUUCCACAUCAAGUUGAAAAUGCCAGGUGGGGACAGUCCAUCUUGGCUGGAAGAGCACUAAUCAGUUUGACAGGAAAUGUCAAAUCCUAGAGAAACUACGGGAAACCUACAACUCCACUGUCACUGCCUUUCAAACUUUCACAGCUGUACAUCUUUUAACUCCAUAUACAAAAGGAAAAAAAAAACAGAACUCCUACAAUCCGUUUUGCUCUUGUUGUUAAAUCCUCCAUCAAUGCUCCUUUAAACUGUUUGGCAAAUGAGUUGAACAGGAGUUGCUGCAUUUAACACAUUUGGAAACUGUAACUGGCCUUUUGUAUUCCAGCAUAUGAAUGUUGUAUCCCAGCACGGUGGACAUUUUGGCUCUAUAAGGGCAGCAACGGGUUAAAAACAACUGCCGUCGGCUAACUAUUUACAGAACACUUCUCAGAUGACUGAGAUUUGGGAGAAUGCUUUAUACGUCUAAUCAGGAAGCUUCAUGUGAUUCUGAACAUGAUUUACAAUCAUGAUUUGAUUUUAAAACUGUUAAAAACAGGGUAAAGCAGCAUUCAGAUUUGAGUCAUGCAUGCAAUUGGUCACUUCAUUAGCAAACUCGUGAGAAGUGAUAGUUUGACAUAUUGUAAAAUGGGCUUCUUUGUUUUUUUGUUGAGUGCGUUCAAUACAAGGCUAUAGCACCAGCUGCAGGUUAGCAUAGUUUAGCAUUAGGACCAUAAACAAGGUAAAACAGCUAGCCCCACUGUGCAAAGGUCAAUAACAUCUAAAUCUCACUUAAACGAUAACCAAAGUGUAAAAAAAAUGGAGUGGUUCUUUGAUGGGAGGGGAUGUUUCUUUGGACAGAGGCAGGCUAACUGUUACCCCCUGAUUAUAGUGUUUAUGCUAGGCUAAGCUAACCCGCAGCAGGCUGUAGUUUCAUAAUUAUGUGGUAUUGAUCUCCUCAUGUUACUCUUUUUUCCCAAAAUGUCAACUAUUACUUUAAAUUGGUUUGUUAAAAUUAUAUUGAUGGCCGUUCACAAUAAAUUCUGCACUUUGCAAUAUGAUUAUAAUGCCAAUAUGCUACUUUUGAUAUUGCCUUGUUUAUCAAUAUUUCCCUAUUUUAUCUUCAUUCAAGGCAAAUUGGCUUGAUGGGUAAUAGUUUGAUUCUCUUAAAUUCAGAGAAAUUGAAGGACCAGCCUUACUGUACGUGACUAAAUGUGCCUUGGAUUUAUUCUCCUCUUCCUCUCUGUGCUUUUAUAUCUGGUGUUGUUGAAAACAGGCUCUCUCUCACUACCAAUUCUGGGGACCCACUCUUGCAGGAAGAGCAUGGACCAAACACACACCCUCAAAGGACAACUAUACAUGUUCAAACACUCCACACAAACACAAAUAUGAUAUGUGUUUAAAAAAUAUUCUGCUAACAUUUCAAGUGUAAAGACAUUUUAAGAUGUUCUCAAAGAUAUUUAUCCAUAUUGCACAUAAGCACAUUUAUGCAUUUGAGACUAAUUACAAAAUACUUGUAAGAACUGUAAGGUGAAAACCAAAAUAUGAUUAACUUGAAAAACACUUUUUGUAAAUUUGAAAGACCAGCUUCCUCUGUCUGAGCUUCUUAAGGUUUUGUUUAUUGGGCUACAUAAAAGUUUGUUUUUGGAAGAGGACAUACUGUAUGCUGGUAUUGAUAACCAGCUGUUCUCAUUUGGGUGAUUUGUAUCUUUCCUAUGGCUUUCAAUAGCGGUUUGAGAGUGUGAUUCUUGUACAACAAUCUAUUGUUUCCCUGAAAUAGAUGGAUAUAUAUUUGUAAUUUUCUCUAUUUUACUUUGAGUUUGUAGUUUCUUUGUUUUGUUUUUUCCCCUGAAGACCUACAUAAUGAUGUGCUUGUGCUAGUGGGACUCUACCUUUGUAAUAAUGAAACCUUAACAAAUGACGAGUUAAGAAACGGAUUCUGAAUGUUGUGUAACCUCUUUGGGAAAAUAAAAGUUGCUUUUCUUAA